GAAGAACAAACGGGUCAGGAUGACGCAAGAUCACUGAACUUGCCAAUUCAAGAAGGGAGUAAGGAACAAACAGGAAUAGAAAGGAAAGGAAAUGUCAAGAACAGAUACGACUCGCACAGGUGA